AUGGCUGACCUCCCGACUACCUUUGACAAGCCUGUCCAUAUCGCCGUCAUUGGCGGUACUGGUCUCGGCCAACUCGAAGGCUUCGAGCCUGUCGCUUCCCUGAACCCCAUUACACCUUGGGGUGCUCCCGCGUCGCCGAUCCAGAUCCUUUCUCACAAGGGCGGCUACGUCGCUUUCCUUGCCCGCCACGGCGUUCACCACCAGUUUGCUCCUCACGAGGUUCCUAACCGUGCCAACAUUGCUGCUCUACGACAUAUCGGUGUUCGAUCCAUUAUUGCCUUCUCCGCUGUCGGUUCGUUGCAGGAGGAGAUCAAGCCUAUGGACUUUGUGCUCCCUGACCAGGCCAUCGAUCGCACAAAGGGCGUCCGACCUUUCACCUUCUUCGAGGGCGGUGUAGUUGGACACGUUGGGUUCGCUGAUCCCUUUGAUGCAGGUCUCGCCAAUGUUGUCAAGACUUGCGCAGCUCACAUGGAGGGCGAGGGCGUCGUCUUGCACGAUAAGGGCACUGUCGUUGUUAUGGAGGGACCACAGUUUUCGACUCGUGCUGAGUCGCACAUGUACCGAUCGUGGGGCGGUUCGGUCAUCAACAUGUCGACGCUUCCCGAAGCUAAGCUUGCUCGCGAGGCCGAGUUGGCUUACCAGGUAAUUGCCAUGGCGACUGACUACGACUGCUGGCACUCGUUCGAGGAUGUCAACGUCGAGUUGGUUUUGAAGUACAUGAAGGCCAACAAUGAGAACGCCAAGCGCUUGGUUGCUGGCGUGCUGGAUCGCCUUGCCGAGCUUGAGAACAGCGAUUUGGUUCUGGCCAAGCAUUUGGCCGGCUCUUCUCAAGGAGCCGUUAAGUUUAUGACCAAGCCUGCGGGCCGCAACCUCGAGGCCAUGAAGAAGGUUGAGUACCUUUUCCCAGGCUUCUGGGAAGAGUAA